CUUUCGUCUUUCAAUUUGCGGCAUUUAGUGGUGACGGUUCGUGACGGUUCGGGUUUUAUUGCAUGAAUAGCAGCUAAAAAAAUAUUCACACAUUAAUUUCAUAGUUUUGUUUUGAUUCCCUUGAUUGUGACUCCCAGCAUUCUGCAGUUUUGUGAUGCUCGCAUGCACUUAUGUUGUAUAACGAUUGCCAAAAUUUCAACACAUUUAUACAACUUUGAGUUGUGUGGGAUUGAAUGUAUGUAUGUACAUACAUUCAUAUCUAUAUGUAUGUACAUGUGUAUACACGAAAUUGAAAUUAUGCACUGGAAUUAUACAAAACAAAGCAGUACAAUAACAGUAACAGUGUAACAACGGCUAGAGUCUACAACUACUGUAUACUAUAAUAUAUUUACCCAAAAACAAGCGAAACUCAUAGAUUUGACGUGUCUGUUACUUAAUUCCACUCAGUCGGCACGAGUAACUUCUCUAUACAGCCAUGAGAGGCGCACGGAAUUUCAUGUGAUUACCUAUGAGAAACAUAUUCGAUUAGUCUUAGAAGGCCUAACUAUCGACAAGAUCGUGAUGGAAUCGGCAUAAAACGAUUUUCAGCCACAGUUUUAUGUAUAAAUGGACGUUUAAUAACAAGGAGAUGCAAGUGGAAAGUUUAUUGCCAGAGAAGAUCCCACUGAUAAGUAGUUCCUUUACUAACACGCCUAAAGUAGCUCCAAUAUUCUUAAGAAGACUGCCAACGCAAGAAAAUAUUUCUUCCGCCGGUCAAGAAGAUUUAAUUAAAGUCCUGCAAGUAGCCUUGAUUAACCUUAGCAUACAGCAGAGAAUAAGGAAGCUUACUGGUAUUGAAAUGGCCUCUACUGAAGAUGGAAAAUUGGGCACGGAAACGGAGACAGUGAGUGCGACGGUGGCAGCGUUAGAGUCCAACCCAUAUAGUAGUUCAGCGAAUGGCAACUCCAGCAAGGGCGCCGGUCGUUCGAAUAAUUGCAAGCGCCAAAAGUUUUGUGGUCUGGCUGAAACCAGUAACAGGAGCAACGUUGAUUUCGAUGAUCCCAUUCAAGAUCCUGACGUGCAACCGGAAAAGAGUGUGGGAGAUAGCGACAAAUCUCAACAUCAAUCUGGCACCGUCAAGGAAGCACAAGAAGAAGCACAGUCAGUUUCAAUUCUCGAUAGCUCUAGUAACUGUGGGAGCAGUAAGAGUACUAAAAAGACUGUCGGCUAUGAUAACACUCUCUAUAUUGCACCGGAGCAGGCUCUGGUUACGAGCGUAGAGUUGGUAGUACCAGCGCCACAGCCAGCGACUGUGCGGCUCUCGGAGCAGCCAAGUUCUGGGUCAGUGGGAGAUUCAUCCCUGAUCAACAGCAACAAACUGCAGUACAAUUCGGCUGCUGUUUAUAACGCCACUGGUUCCUCCAAUUCGACAAGAAGUUUGGCAAAUGAUAAAAUCGAUGGUUGUGUAAAUGACUCCUCAAAUUUGAAUGUAAGAAAUCCUACUAACUUAGCAUUAGCAGCAGCAACAGGUGAUAUUUUGCUGGCCGAUCGAAGGACUUCGAUAUGGGCUCCACAUGAUGACGAGCAAGUGCAGGCAACAACGCCAGAGACAACGACACCAGACGACACCAAGCAGGGAUCAGAGCUGCCUUAUCGUACGGUGCAGCAGCAAAGACACUCUGAACUGUUGCUUCAGAUAGAGAAAGAAGGCUCUGAAGCAGUUGAAGCACUUCCAUUAGCGCUGAAGCAUCAUCACGAUAAUUCAACACAGGUUCAAUACGGCCAACAGCAAAUUCUUGAUAGCCAGCUUCAUAGCAAUAUGUACGCACAAAUGAUGCAACAACAGCACCAUCAACAUUCACAGAUCAUUCUUGACCAAAACUCCCGACAUCAGCAGCAUGCAAGCUACUCCAGCUAUGGCUCACAUUUUCAGCAUUCUGGACUCUUUGGAGCACAUCAAGGGUCUGAUCAUCAUCGUCAGCAACAGCAAGAGCUUCCACAUCACAUGGAGAUGGAGUGUCAUGGGCAUCUGCAUCAGCCGGCUAGUACUGUCCAACAACAGCAGCAGCAACUAAACGAAGCUUAUCACGAUCUCAUUAUGGAGGAUUUUCACGAAGAUCCCAGCUCCGCGUACAAAUUAACGCUCUCUCCUGGUAAUGUGAAGCCAGAAAAUCAAGAUGAUGGCUACGAGACCAGUGCUGGCGAUGUACUGACUCCCAACUCCCACAGCUCGUCAACACACUCUGCCACACCACAGCAUCAGAUGCAACACCCCAAUAUUGGUCUAAUGCAACUAAGUCAAAACAAAACGGAAGAUAUGGUGUCAUCCCAGAUUACAGUUGCAUUAGAGGCUGUUCCUGAUGGCCCCUCUGCUUCCAGCACCAAUGGCAAUCAGGCACAGGCUCCUCCACCACUGCCACAUCUUGCCAUGGCGCAUAGCCAGAGUGUAAACUCCCGAGGUUCCAGCAAUGCAAAUGCUGCUGGUGUCGAUCCAUAUAGUUUCAUGGGUGAGGAGAUGCGCAUGCUCUCCCCUGUCAACCGCCAUAUAGAGGACGUCGCCUCUAAUGCGGCAAACUAUGCAACCAUAGCAGGGUCACUUUCAGUGCCAAAUGGAAACCCGGAGUGUUCCGGGGGGGAUAUAUAUCAACUUCAACAUCAGCUACCGCAUUCACAACAGCAACCUCACAACAGCGAGCCUUACAAUGACACAGAUAAAGUUAAGUCCAAUGACAACUCUAACUGUGGACUACCCUCUAAGCCAACUCCGAAGAAAAGAGGUCGGAAAAAGAAGCUUUUAACUGACGGGGAUGCUAUGCAAAUGGCCACAUCCGUUUCUCAACAAGGAAACUGUGCCGCUAAUUCUGGCGAUGAUCCUGCUGGCGAUUCGCUACUGGGAAUGAAGCCCAAGGAGCGCAAGAAGCACGACAGAUUUAAUGGCAUGUCCGAGGCAGAGGUCAUUAAGAGGACUAUUCCAGACCAUCUAUGUGAUAAUCUUGAUAUCGUUAUAGUCGGUAUAAAUCCUGGUCUCUUUGCGGCAUACAAAGGGCAUCACUACGCUGGACCCGGAAAUCAUUUCUGGAAGUGCUUGUACUUGGCUGGACUCACGCAGGAGCAAAUGAGCGCGGAUGAGGAUCACAAGCUGCUUAAUCUUGGCAUUGGCUUUACUAAUAUGGUGGCGCGUGCUACGAAAGGCUCGGCUGACUUGACCAGAAAAGAAAUUAAGGAAGGUAGCCGCAUUUUGCUCGAAAAGCUGCAAAGGUUCCGACCAAAAGUCGCCGUUUUCAAUGGAAAACUGAUAUUCGAAGUCUUUUCGGGAAAAAAGGAAUUUCACUUUGGUCGUCAACCUGACCGGGUCGAUGGCACUGACACAUACAUUUGGGUGAUGCCGUCAUCAUCAGCACGAUGCGCUCAGCUGCCACGCGCCGCAGAUAAAGUUCCCUUCUAUGCGGCUCUAAAGAAGUUUCGCGACUUUCUGAAUGGUCUUAUACCCAACAUUGAUGAGUCGGAGUGCGUAUUCACUGAUCAGCGCAUACGUCAAUGCAGUGAGCAGCAGCAACUGCAGCAGCACCAGCAAACUGACGUCAACAUUACUAUACAUCCGCAUGUCGAUCAGCAAGCUGGCUUGAUAUUUGCCGAUGGAAGUGGUGGUGGUGGUAGCGAAGGAGGAAGCAUUGAAGGGUCUAGUCAGAUAUCUGAGAAACUAUUACCACAUAUGGCUCCUAAUUUGCCAUCCCCUAACAGUGUAAUUGAACGUGGAACGUUUGCAUAUACUGGCGGAGAUAAUACUAUAAGAAAUGCCCCAAACACCACUAGCUUGGGGGAAAACAAUUAUUUGUUUGGACAUCAACAGGGCUUACCACAGCAGCCGCAAGAAAAGAAGAAACGCGGCAGACCAAAGAAAGUAAAGGGGCAAGAUAUGACUGAUUCUUCCACGGCUAGCAAAAUAGCUAUGAGUAGUCAACAAAUGGCACACCACGACUUUAAUAAUAUUAUGAAUCUUUCCAUGAUUGCGGGUGCAAUAAAUCCGGAAAUUCCCAAGAAAAAGCGGGGCAGGCCAAAGAAGCUAAAGCCCACAAUCGAUAACAUAAUCCCAGCCAAACAGCAACAGCACCAACAUACCAACACAAAUCCCAACUCACAGUCAGCAGGAUUGUCUGCCAUGCACCCGGUCUCAAUGGAGCAUGUUGCGUCAUCAUCGCCACAGAGCAACCAUCAGAUGCCGCCCAAUCUGUACAAUACGCCGCCACCUUCUCAUUUAUUGUAUACGGCAUCGGCGUCGCCAAUGGCAUCCCCUGCACUAAACUGCAACUACACUCAAGUACACGGACAUGGAACUCCGCCAGUGGGUCAGUCGGUGUCUGCUGCUCAUGGUACCACGCCACCUAUCCUCGAUCAACAGAAUGAUCACAUGCUGACCCAAAAACAGAGCCAGCCAAUGGGGAUGGGAAUAAGAGAUCAACCGCACUUGGGCGAAACGCCGCCGCCUAAUUCUCCGAAUAUAUGCUCUGCGGUCGAUUUCGAUCAACCGGAUGAUAACUCUGAUGGGCAAGGACGGGAGCAAACCCAAGGGCAGGCACAGGAACAAAUACUCGGGAUAGGGCAACAGCAUACGCAAGUUGUGGACAAAGCCCAAUAUGUUAGUCCUGACCAUGAAGCAGAUGCGAUCGCAGUACCUUCUCAGGACCAUUAUCAACAGUGGAUUUCGCCACAUACGCACCUAGGUCAAAAACAGAUUCUUCAGCAAAUGCAGCAGCAGCCACAGCCAUUGCAAUACCAUCAGGAACAUCAGGAGCACUGGCAGCGCUAUGAGGACCAAAAUCCCUAUUUGCUAAUUUCUCCGCACCAUCAACUGGAGCAGAGUCCUCAACUGGGAAACAUGCCGAGUCAGAACCCAAGUACAUCUGUCCAAAUCGUUUCAGACGUCGCACGUAAAAGCUUGUCGGGCUUAGAGUCACUGGUUGAUCAAAUUCCCGCUAUCAGAGAGCACGAUUCGAGCACCAUACCACCAGCAACGGCAGCUGCUGCGGCUGCUGCUGUUGAAAGUCGACUAUUGGGACUACAGCAGCAGAAACGUUGUCACCAGGACAGCACAGUACAGGCAGAGUCCUGUGGAUCUGCCAACGACGUCAGCAAUGUACUGAACAAUAAUUUUUCUGUUAGCAAUCUCGCUGCCUCCGCUGCGACUACGGACAACGUAACAGCAUAUACCAGCAGGGCAGAAAAUCGAGACAACAGCGAACAUAGUAACAACAGUCACAACAAUUGCAGCACCAGCAAUGAAUAUGCCAUCCAUAGCCCCACCGGUUAUCCGCAUAAUGCCACACAUUUGAUCACUAGCGCGUUGGGAGCAACAAUAAAUAGUUCGGAAGCCCAUCCACAUCCACACCCACAUACACAUCCGCAUCCACAUCCGCAUCCACAAAUGUAUAUGGAUCAUGCGCAUAUUACCAGUCACAUGGCUCAUAUGUCACCAGUAAAUGUAAAUUCAGUGUACGCGCCAACAGCGUAUGGAUCGCAUCCCCAACAUGGCACAGGUCCAGGCGAAUAUGCUACUGCUCAUGGCCACUACGGCCUGGGUAGUCCCGCACAAGCUACAGGGCCAGGCAGCACACCCACAUUGCAUGUGCCAAGUCCCAAUUAUCCAUAUGCUCACCACCCGUAUGGUCACACACCGACACAAACAAACUAUCCAACUUAUGGUCAUGCUCAUACUCACCAUAACCACCCCACGCAUCAUCUCAGCGUCUUUGAUCGUCUCAAGCCGUCCGACAUAAGCGGAUACGGAGGUUUCUGAUGGCAGCCACCACAACCACAACAAGAACAAGAACAAAAGGAGCUGCAUCAGCAAUUGGCGUAACCAGAAUCACAACGAUACGAAUAAUGCGGCUCGAUGCGAAUGUGAAUCGUAGGGCACAGCUACAACACUUGCGUCCCGUCGCAUCUCAGCAAUAUUUAUCAAUCUCCGGCCUUGCCGAUUCUAGUUUAAGAAACCCUUAGAUUUAAUAAGUAAGAUUACCAAAGACUUCGCCUAAUAGAUUUUUCUUUGAUAUACCGUUACAUACUAAAAUUGGAGAACACAAUAAUAAUUAAAUAUAAUAAUGACAAGUUAUAUUAUAUAUGUAUGUAAACGACAAUUCAAUUUCCCCAAUAACAGAACAUUUGUUACUUACUCAAACUUAAAAACACUUUGAUAAUAUUCCUCUACAAGAGCCUUGCAUGAACCGACAGUAAAUGAUAAAUUAUAAGCAAUGUGAAACUAAUACUAUUCGCCGUCGCAGUGUGAUCCAAUGAUCCGAUUCUCCUAAACGAAACUUUAAAUGGCGCCCCGUUACAGGGAAAAACGUAUUCUACAUAUACUAGUAAUGAAAUGCCUUUGAUUUAUUUUUUUUUAUUGCCAACAUUAAACCAACGAAUUUAACUUUUUACUGAAACGAGCCUGAAAAUCGCUAUUACAAAUAUUGCCCGCCAUUUUUUUUAUGUUUAGGUGAUGAGUAUCAAGACGGUUUAAACAGUGAUAAAAGUGUAGCAGCUGCCUUAAAUAUUGAUAUAAUAGAAACUAACAGUAGAUUUAUGCAUGGCUCUUUUACAUAAAUACGAAUACGUAAAAAUAUCAAAUGCGAAUAUUAACAAAACGAAUACUCAUGGAAAAGCGUGACCAUUUUAACUUUUUUAAGGAAUUAUUUCUCAGUGCUUAUGUUUUUAAGAUACGUCACUGUUUUUUUAAUGCAAGACAACUAUCCAUAUUCAUGAUUAUAUCAUGCUGCGGUAGUUAUUGCCAAGAGUAUUGCAUUACAAAUGAAAGAUCACUGUCUAGGCAGAAUACAUGUAACUGUGCGAAAAAAAGAGAUAACACGUUUUGAUAUAAUCUAGGUUAAAUAGUGUUAAUAUCCAGUACUUACGUGUACAGAAAUUAAUCUAUUGGCUAGCCAAGCAACGAUAUCCAAGAUAGCUACUUGCUACCAAUGUCAAUGUAUAUAAAUACAUAUUACAAACAACAUACUACGUGCAAACAUUUAUAGAUGUAUCUUAUAUGGUUAUUGAUAUACUCGUAUAUAUGUACCCUACUUGUCAAUGGUCAAAAUGGUCUACCGGGCAUGUAGGUUUGUGCACAGUGUCCUAAUAAUAACUAUUAAACUUAAUGCACACGUGUGUGCACACCUCGAAUUUAAUUUUGGUUACACAAUGUUAAAAGUUUAUAAGCAAAGGAUUUAUGUAUUUUACAUACAUUUUUUUGUAUUUUAAGUAAUUAAAAUAUUAUUUAAAUUUGUGUUAAUGAAUGUUAGCAACGCAUUACUACAACAAUAAAAUCAGUAAUUAAAAGUGCAAUCAAUAAACAGUAUACAUGGACUAUUCAACAGAACACCAACGUAAUACUUUGAGCGACUUUUCAAAUGAAUCAACUAUUGCCACCAUAACGCGUAUAUUUAAAGAAAGACAAAUUUACAAGCUGUACUGUUUCAAAUAUUAUGUACAUAAAAUUAUUAACAAUCGGAGUACUAAUAAUAAUAAUAGUAAUAUAUGUGCUUUAUUGUUUGCUUUGAUAAAAAGAAAAAACAUGUUCGCGUAUAUUCUGUAAUAUAAUUAUUUGAGUAUUUUGGUUGUUUAAUAAUGAAAUAAUUGUAUUUUUAAUGCAAUACAAAAAUCCAGAUCCAUGAUUAUAUCAUGCUGCGAUAGUUAUUGCCAAGAGUAUUGCAUUACAAGUUAAUGAUUACUGUCUAGGCAUAAUAAAUGUAACUGU